ACCGUCUCGUCUAAUUUUGCGAUUAAUCGUUUUCACUUCGUUAUUUUGAGUGUGUUUAUCCGGUAUCUAUGAUUUAUAAUGGUUUAUUGUGCUGUUUAACGACGAAAUUUCGUCCAAUCGCAGAUCUGACAAAACGUUUUCUCAAACAAUUUUCGUCGGUUGUCGUUAAACCUGUAAAACUUGUCGAUGGCGAAAUCUAUGAUCCACUAGAAGCUGGGGUUUCGUUACAUAGAGUCAUGCAAUUGGGUCGAAUAUUCAACUUAAAGGGUCAUCAAAAUCUCAAAAUCGUAAUAGCACAUAUGGAGGAUUUUCGUUUCAACAACGAUUUCCGAAGACCGAAAUACCGAAUACGCUUAAAGAUGAACCAUCAACGGUGUAAGGUAUGUGAGGAACCGGCAGCUGGCUUUCAUUUUGGAGCUUUUACAUGCGAAGGGUGUAAGUCAUUUUUCGGCCGGGCACAAACCAACCCCGCAGCAGUGGUGUCGGCUAAGUGCAAGUCGGGCGGGGGCCAAUGCGUGAUCGACAAGAAGAACCGAACGUCGUGCAAAGCAUGCCGGCUGAAGAAGUGUUUAGCCGUAGGCAUGUCGAAGAGCGGUUCGAGGUACGGCCGUCGAUCUAACUGGUUUAAGGUGCACUGCCUACUCCGUGAACGGUCACUUCUACCCGGCGACGACAACGAUGACCACAGUGGUAAGGGUAAAGUCGACCCUCUACCGCUACCACUGUUACCACGGUCACAUCACCCACGUACCGCAUUGCUCUCGUUACCGGUACCGCAGCAGCAAUGGGCAUCACCGUUACUCCAAUUUUUCGGUUUCGCUCCGAACGGUCGGGCUCCGUUACCACGGUCCGAAUGGUCGGCCUUUCGAGAGAUCGCCGUUUUUGGAUCCAUAGACGAAGACGACCGGCCAGUAGAUCUCACCGUUCGUCAGUCAACGAUCAACGAUAACAACAAUGAGACAACUGCAUGGAAGACCGCCAAGUUACGAUCGCUGCGACAAAGCGAAACGUCCGUGACGCCUCUCGACUUGUGCAUCGGUAACACCGACCAACGCCGAAACUUGGUGGCGGGUGGAGUCUGACGACGUGAGUACGUUUAAUUGUCGACAAAUGGAAAAUGAAAAUUCUGUAGCAUUUGAGACACGGACCAACCGUGACACGAGAAGAACUAGCUACAAAUUCAAAACGUAUACCCAAAACAGUAUAAACAAAUGGCAUUCUUUCGCCGACAUUCCUCGCUGUUCAGUCUUUCACGCCACUACAUAAAGAAUCGGAUACAUCAAUCUAAUUAUGCACGUCCAUCUGUCAAAUCACGAAAUAAAACCAAACUGCGUCUAAAUGCGACGAACACGGUAUUUUACACUGUUCGAAAUUUUCUUUCGCGCCAUUGAGAUGCGUCGCACACAACCUGUACAUAUAGUGCACGAAGAAGUACUCUGGGAAUAAACAGCACCCUCUUUGUACGUAGGUAAUAUAUUUUUGAAACCACGAUAUUGAUACCUAAAUUUAUAAGUAGAUAUAGUAUUAUGAAUUUAUGAUGUUAAAAUAUAUACUCUCGACGUAAUGUCGUAAUGUAUUAAGAUUAGUUAUAAAUUAAGUUGAAAUAAGAUAGUUGUAUUAUAAACGAAGACUUAAUACUGUAUGAUCUAGAAACCUUGUAUUUUGUUGUCUAUAAUUGUAAUAAAAAAAAAAAAAAAAAAAUAGUUUUUGUUUGCAAGAAACAAUCAAUGUUAUUUUAAAAUAAGAAUUUAUACGAUAGUAAAUCAAAUCCUGUAAUUGUAGUGACUAUCGCAGUUACCUACAUUACGUCAUAUUAUUUAUGUUUCACAAUAAUUUAUUUUUCAGUAAUUAAAGUUUAAAAUACAAACAGUUAACAGGUACAUUACCCAUUAUUCAACGCGCAUACUAUAUUGACUGUUAGUAUACUUUUACAAAAUCAAAAAUUUAUCAUAUAAAAGAUCGAUUACCUAUUCUACAAAAUAAAAAUAGUGAACAAUGCCGAUGUAAAUUUUCAAAAUCUCCAAACUUCUGUCAAAGCACAUGAUCUUAUAAACUCUAUGUAUAAUUAUAUAUACAUUUAAUCCCAUAUUUAUAUCUUUUAAAUUUAAACUAUACCAAAUCCACCUCUCUCAUUCCGACCCAACUUACUGGACUACUUACAUAUAAAUAAACUUCCGGAUUUCUUAAAUGUCUUCAUCACUAAGUACACCAAACGAUCUCGAAACUAAAUAUUUAAAUUAUAAAACCAAUUUGGAUUUAUUGCAUGCAAAUUUGGGAUCUGCAAAAAAAUCAAAGUUAGUU